UUUUACGAAAUUCAACCCCUAAGGGGGUAAAUUAGGGGAUGAAAGUUUUUAUGUAAUUUUCUCAUUUCUGGACUUAAAACUAGACCAUGCGGUCGAAGUCGCGAGCAAAAGCUAAUACUUUAAUUAAUUCAAUUGUAUGUGAAUUGUAUGGUUGUAGGAGAAACCACUUAACAAAACACUGCAACGUGGUGAAGACCCUCAGUUGGAUCAGAUUUUGUCGGCAUUCGGCACUCUGGCAGAGCAUUGCCUACCCUCGCUACUCCGUGCACUGUUCGGAUGGCUAGAGCGACAAAUGGCCGAUUCGCCACAACUCAGCGAACAAGCCAAAAAGCCACACCAAGAUUUGAGGAACAAAAGGUAAGUAAAUUAAAAAACAAAAAAAUUUUCACAAAUGUGUAAAUUAGUUUAUUAAUUGCAUUUAUGGUAUUAAUUUCAAUUAGUGUUAUUUUUGUUGAUUGAAAUAUUUAUAAUUUGAGAUAGUGAUAAAUAAUAUCCCAACUUAUUUUUAUCAAAUUGCUGUCCAUACAUAACAAGUUUUAAUGCCAGAUACAGCAAUAUUUCAUUCAUAUUAUCAUUGUUCAUUAUUUAUGUACAUGAAUUAUUGUUAUUCUUAGCAGUCAAUACUAUUUAGGUUUUAUGACUAUGUGCAAUACUCAGAGACAUCAUUUAUUUUUAAUGAGUGCUAAGAAAAAGCUAUAGUAUUGAAGACGAUACAAACAAAAGCAAUAUAUAAAUGUUAAAUGACAUUUCAUGUUCAUGUCCAUAAUACAAAUGCUUAAAUUACACUUAAUUUGAAUAUGUUAUUUUACCUAAUUAUAUUACUUAUUGGUGUUUCUGAAUCUGACGUGUAUACACUUAUAUAUACAUAUAUACCACAUAGUGCUAUGUUACAUUGUGUUGUUAUUCACAGUUACGUUUUGCAUUGUUAUCAAAUUUGUUAAUGAAAAGGUCUUAUUGAAUAUUUCAUUGCCCUAAUGACAAGUCACGUGUCACACAUGGAGUCUUACAUUUAUUAACUGCAUUUCCUGUAUUUUAUGUACAGUCGACAGCACAUCAGCUUAUACAAAAGUGUGAAAUUUCUUGACUUGAUUUUAAACGUUAUUUGAUUAACCAGACAGCUAAGAAUCAACUUUAGAAAUUUGACAUAUUGUGGUAUCUUAACAUGCAACCUUUUGGCGUAUAAACUUCAUUCGUGAAUGUAAUAUAUAGAAAUAUGACUUUGAAACCAAUGCGAUGUGUUGUAGCAUCAUCUACAUCGUGUCUGGAAGUGGGGCGGGUGGGGAAACUGUGGAGCGUAGCAGCGAGGAACUCCAAGCGGAGCGGCGUGACCUUGCCGUGGAAUUUCUCUUCUGUCUCGCUCUAAUAGAGGUUUUGAAGCAGUUACCUUUCCACCCAGGACACGAAGAUUUGGUCCUGUACAUAGAGAAUGUCGCCUUCAAGAGAUUUAAUUAUAAGGAAGGGUUACAGUCUAAUCCAAACGCUGCAAACGUGCACAUAAUAGCAGAUUUGUACGCAGAAGUGAUUGGCGUGUUAGCGCAGUCGCGUUUCGCUUCUGUCAAAAAGAGAUUUACUGCAGAAUUAAAGGAGUUAAAAAGUCGCGAACCCUCUCCGCACACUACUCAAAGCAUAAUCUCAUUGCUGAUGGGUAUGAAGUUCUUCCGUGUCAAAAUGGUACCAAUAGAGGAGUUUGAAGCGUCCUUCCAAUUCCUGCAAGAGUGCGCGCAAUACUUCCUGGAAGUCAAAGAUAAAGAUAUAAGGCACUCACUCGCUGGCCUCUUCGUUGAGAUACUGGUGCCUGUUGCGGCGGUGAGAGAAAUAUAUACAAACUUAAACUCGAUACUCAAUAAGUUUAUUGUUACGCUAAACUCUGCUUACGCUAGCGUUAAAAAUAAUGUAUUUAUUUAUACUAUCGACACUAAUAUGCACAACGUGCCUUUCGAGGCAUAGAGGAGUAAGACAUAAAUUUCCCGGCACCUA